AUGGCUUUGAUUAACAUUACCAAUAUAGUUUUUGAUUAAGACACAGCACUAUUCAAUAGUCCAAUCCAAAUGUAAAUCACAUUCGAAGUGAUGAGAUAAUUAGAUGAAGAAAUUGAAUGGAAGUAUUAAAAUAGUUGAAUUUUAGACUUAUUUAUAUUGGAUCACCAAAUAGUGAUAGAUAUGAUCAAGUGCUUGAAUAGUUCUCUAUGCCUCCUCUAUAAUAAGGAACUAUGUAAUUUACUCUAAUGAGUUCUGGUCCAAAUUUUGAGCUGAUUCCUAGUAAAGAUGAUUUAUUUGGCGCAAGUGCCAUUAUCCUAAGUGUUAAGUAUAGAAAACAAGAAUUCUUUAGAGUAAUUAUAUUUUAGUCUAAAAUUGUGAUUAGGUUGGGUAUUAUGUUUAUAACACUUAUUUGGAACCAGAAUUAAUUGAGAAUGAUCCUCCAUAAGUUCUUAUUGAAAGAGUAUAUAGACAAAUAAACACUUCAGCCCCAAGAGUUACUAGAAUCAAUAUUGAUUGGGAAGGUCAUAUGGUUCAAUUGUAUGUUAAUCCUCAAUAAAAUAAUUAAUCUUUCAUGUUCCAAUAAUAACCAAUUUUCAAUGAUAUUACUAAUAAUCUUGGGUAUUUAUCAGAACCAAUUCCAGAUAAAAUAUAAUAACAAUAAUAUUCUGGAGAAUUAAAUAAUAACUAAUACACUGAUCUUUAGAGUAUAUUUUGA